UGUCAGACUCUCCCAUCGUCGAUGUGUGGGGUUGCAAUACACCUCAGGAGAAAACUAGGAAGAGAUACACUAUUGGCUAUUUCAUAUGCGGUGUGUCAUCUGGCAGGCUGUAUAUAUCACAGGGAAAGCAGGGACCACUCAGCCUCCGAGCAAAGCAGCUUCAGUGGAUGGCUCAGAGGGAUACUUUGAGGAUGGAAAGAAAAGGGAAAGGCAGCUCUUGCUUUUCUGAUUCGGGCAAGCUCUGAAAACUCUUGGGAAACGGCGACCUGACAGAUGAAGGACUAUGUGGAAAACCAAUACAGCAGAUUUCCAAGGAGAAGUUGCGGGGGAGAAGCAGAACAGUGCCCGAAAGGAAAUAUUCACUAGGAUUUCUUCCUAGGUGCGGAGAGAAAGCGUGUGGGGAUCUCUGAUAUUUCUGCAUCCGAAUCAGUUUCUGUACGUAGGACAUAUGGGACUGAAAAGGGAAGAGCAGCUGGAGCAUCCCUGGAGCCAAGCUCACAAGUAAUCAGCGCAGGAAGAGGGACCCAUUUAUCAACUCUUUUACGCAGUUUGCAGCCCAAGGGCAGAAUUUUAAAAUGCAAGGGUGCGUGUUCCCUCCUGCGGCCACAGCCUUCAGCAGCUGAGCUGGCAGAAAGGAGGGCAGAGCAGAGUGCGCAGCCCGCCCGGGGACACGGGCAGCGAGAGAGCCAUGAGCAGGCACACGUGGUUCCCUUUGCGGUACAUCUCCAAGCCCUUCUGGAGAGCGGAGAAUCACAACACCACCAACUUCUUCUCCGCACUGUACGGCUUCCCCAACCAAUCCUUCUUCCACAGUGAUUUGGACCUGGAGGACCUGGGGGACUUUGACAGCGGGACCAAGUACGAGGGCGAGUCGCAGAGCCGCACGGUGAAGGCGCUGCUGAUAGUAGCCUACUCCGUCAUCAUCUGCAUCUCCCUCUUCGGCAACAUCCUGGUGUGCCACGUGGUGAUCAAGAACAAAAGGAUGCACUCCGCCACCAGCCUCUUCAUCGUCAACCUGGCCGUUGCUGACGUGAUGAUCACCAUUUUGAACACCCCCUUCACGCUGGUGCGGUUUGUAAGCAGUACCUGGGUUUUUGGAAAGCUGAUGUGUCACAUAAGCCGGUUUGUUCAGUACUGCUCCGUGCAUGUGUCUGUGCUCACCCUUGCUGCCAUCGCUCUGGAUCGGCGUCAGGUUAUCAUGCACCCUCUCAAGCCGCGCAUGUCCAUGGCGAAAGGAGGGAUUUGCAUCAUUAUCAUCUGGGUUAUGGCCAGCUGCUUCUCGCUGCCUCAUGCCAUUUAUCAGACUUUGACAAGAUUUUAUAUUGGGAACAGAACAAUACGAAUGGUCUGCCUCCCCAGCUUCCCUCCUCCUGCUGAUCUUUUCUGGAAGUAUUUAGACUUGACCACUUUUGUUCUCUUGUACGUCCUGCCCUUGCUUGUGAUCUCCAUCACAUAUACCAUGGUGGCCAAGAAGCUCUGGCUCAGAAAUGCCAUCGGGGACCUCACCAUGGAGCAAUACUAUGCCCAUCAACGGAAAAAGAAGAUGACCCUGAAGAUGCUGAUGGUGGUGGUCAUUGUGUUUGCAGUAUGUUGGUUCCCCCUGAACUGCUACGUGGUGUUGAUCUCCUGUAGGGCCAUCCACAGUAGCAACGCUCUGUACUUUGCUUUUCACUGGUUUGCCAUGAGCAGCACUUGCUACAACCCCUUCAUUUACUGUUGGCUGAAUGAGAGCUUCAGAUCGGAGCUGAAGUCCUUGCUGUGCGUGUGCCGGCGAAGGAGCGCAGCCCAGAGUCAUGCUCUGCAGUCCAUCUCCCCGCCUUUCAGGCAUGCCUGGGUUGAGAACUGCCAUUAUAAAAGAGGCAGCACCUGCCAGAAGACAAGGGCAUCCUCCCAGAGGAACUCCGCAAAGACAGACAUAUCCAGUGUUCAGCCAAUUGUGGCAGAAAGCUAAACCCUUCAUCUGAUGGCCAGGCAACAUCGGGUUGUAAUUGCAGAAACACGGGAAAAACUGAGUUGGAAAGGACUGCUGGAGACCAUCUACUCCAGCCUUCCACCCAAAGCAAGCUAACAUCAGCGUUCAACUGGGUUAUCCAGGACCUUGUCCAGUCAGGCUUUCAAAAAUCUCCGGGGAUGGACUGCCCACAUGUGGGCUCCAGAAUGAAGGGUGUCGAGUAAAUUUUUCAUCAGAGUAGUCAGCAAAAAUGGAGAGAACUCUUUAACAGCGCACAAUAUCUAUCAUAGCCUAAGCAAAUAAGGGGAAAAUUAGUAAAAAUUGCUGAAAGGAAAAUGCGUUCUGUUUUACCUCAAACUGGGACACCUACACUGAUUACACCCACUCUGUUUCAAGGUAGAUGGCUGUUUAUGCAUAUAGAAACACUGUAUUGAUUCCUUCUUUUUAUUUAUUUGUAAUUUAUUCAAGAUGAAUAACACUUGUAGCCGUUCCCAAAUGUACACCCAGCACACCUCAGCCGCUUGCUCUGCUGUUACAGAGGUGCCCCAGCUCUGCCCGUCCGCCUCCUCGCGUCCCACGGCCAGCGGCCGCGCCGGCCACCGGAGGGGGAAAAGGUCUCAAAAAUCACAAUGGAAACACAGCUUAGGAGCAGGACAGCAA